UUUUGUUGACAUCCAAAGCGAUCAAAAUGGCCUCGGAAUAGGCGCACAGGACAGCUGCUUCCAUCUAACGCCAUAAUUGUAACGGGGCUGCCCUAGACCUAGACGACAUAGACGCCCUAGACAAUUGUACCGCCGUGCCGGCCGGUGCCGGCAAUGGACACAUAUGUGCCAACAGUUAGCCGGGAAGUCAAACACGUCUGUCAGAAGAAAACAUUACGAUUUCUUUAAAUAUGAACAGGCAUAUAAACCGUCAUUAUGACUAAAUAUGCUAUUCCAAAUUGAUUUCUGUGCUUACCUCAUAUAGGUAUAGUCAUAGGCGAAGGAAGUGUGUGUCCAUUUGGAUAAGAUACGUUAAGAAACUGAACCGACUAGGCGUAAAGUUGAAUCCUCAAUGUAACACAGCGAGGUAAAAGGUACUAGUCUGUUGUGAUGUCUUCAGGUAGAAAAAAAAGAUCAAAAUUGAAGCAAACUGAAUCACCUUUCACUAGACCUCAAGAAAUGCAGCCUGAAAGUCUUUCUUCUCCAUGUGAUGAAUUAAAGAAACCAGAAACCAACAUUGCAUCUCAGGGAGACACAGAACCCCAGAAACGGAACAGAGUAAGUUCAUAUAUGUGUGGGUUCAACAAAACACAAAGCAAAGCCCCAUCUCAGAAGGCUGAGAAACAUGAUGGUAUGAAUAUAGCUGGUUUGCCUUUGGUUAAGGUCAAAAUACCAAAAACCAAAUCACAAUCUAAAAAAAUUGAUAAAUGUGGAUAUUCAAAAAUAGCUGGUUUACCUACCUUAGAAUUAAGAGAACUAAACACCACCAUCCAACCCUUGAAAUAUAACAAAUGUACAGAUUCUAGAAGAGAAGGUUCACCUACAUUUGAAGUUAAGGAAGAGGCAAAUACAGCUCCAUGUGAACAGACACAAGACUGUAAUGACUUAGAAAUUAUGGCUAAACAUCGGUACCAUUUGACAGAUCUACAACUCAAGGAACCAGGCAUGUCAUUUCAGAAAUCUGUCCAUUGCAUGGAUGUAAGUAGGACAGAUUCAUGCUUCAGAGAAUUUGAGAGACUGAAACAACGAAUUUUUGAGUUAGACAAUGAAAUAGUAGUGUUAACUGAAGCAAUUGGCAAUGAGAUAGGAUUAACAACCAAUAUGCAACAACUUCAUGAAUACAAUACCAUCAAAGAUAUAACUCAGAUUAUUAUAGGCAGCUUAUCGAAUAUAUUAGAUGUUCCUGUAACACAACUGCAUCAGGAAUUAAAUCUCACAUUUGAAGAGUAGCACUAAAAAAUAGACAUAUUGCUAUUGUCAUUUCUACAAUUCUUUGUAAUAUCCAGACAGUAACUUCUAAAACCAUCAUGCUCACCCUAUUCAACAGACCUUUACAAUUAAGUUAUCAAACUUUUUUUUUUUUUAAUUCUUUGCAGUAUUUAACCAGUAGAAUUAGAAAGUGAUACAUUCCAUUAUUUUGUAACUGAAUUUUCCAGUGCACAUCUGGGAAUUUCUCCUUGCCAAAAUAGAUUCAAUUUAAUUUAUAAAAAUCUUAUUCCAACCUGAUUCUGAAGGUCAACUGAAAUCUAGGGAAUAUGAAUGUCACUGAAUUAAGAAUUACACAUUAAAAUACAUUUGUUGAAAUAACUUUCUAUAUCUGUAAGGUGAUUGUUUAGUCAAAUAAAACAUGUUAUGCACUCUUUGGUUA